UGGUGGGUUGUUGUAAUGGAACCGGCGAACCGAUUUUCGAGCCUAAGGGAAGUCUUUGGAUUUGGGUUUCAUCCCAUUACCCGAGAAUACAAAGUUGUCAGGAUUGGGUAUUAUGCAAAACUCCUGAAGCUUGAAGGGAGAGCGAUAUGUGGCGUUGCUGAAAAAGCAUUUCAGGUGUUCACUCUAGGAACCGGAGAAUGGAGAGACAAGGAAAAUAUAGCAAAACGGCUUGAAUUGAGACCACCUGAGGCUUUAGUGGAAGGAUCUUUACAUUGGGUUGUAGUGGCUGAUGAGGGAUUUGGAUUUUACCACGCUAUCGUCUCCUUCCAGCUUGCAGAUGAGGUGUUUGAAGAAAUUCCUCACCCACCUUGUCAAUCACUUGUAUCCAGCAGAUACAGUCUUUCUGUGUUGAAUGGGUGUCUCUCGGCAGCUGGCUUAGGUGAAACAGCGCAAUUUGAUAUUUGGGUAAUGAAACAAUACAAAGUGGAGGAUUCUUGGAAGAAAGAAUACUCCUUUGUCCCUAAUGUCCCUCUCGGUUUGACAAUGAUACGAGGUUCAUCAGCUUCAGGCUUCAUGAAUAGAGUUCCAAGAGUUGUUUGUGAUCUGAAGAAUGGUGAGAUUCUGUUGCAGUAUGGUGAGAGUACUCUUGUUUCUUAUGAUCCUAUAGGAAACAGAUUCAAGACUCUAGAGAUAAAUGGGCAACCUAGUUCCUUCCAAGCAUUUCCUUUUCUACCUUCUCUCUUCUCAGCAAAGGCAACCAUGGAUUUGCAAGUUUCAUCUUAACUGGCAGUAUCAUCAACUCUUGUUAUGUAAGACUUAGGUACUUCUUUUUUCCAUUUCUGUUGAAUCUGUUCUUUUGCACAUCAAGUUUCCAGGAUGUCUAAGCUCUACUUUCGUUUCUUUGUUUAUUUGGUUUAGCACUGAACUUACUAGUUCCUUUUCUCCUGAUUUAGUUUGAUGGCUUGUGACUGAAUUUGCUUUCAUUGUUUAAUAUAGUGGGUCUAUUUCU